AUGGCUCGUGAAUUGCUUAGUAGCGACUCCUCGUCCGACAGCGAGGAUGGUGGUGCCGAUGUCCCACCAAGCGGCGAACUCAAGGUCAACGAGGCGUAUGCGCGCCGAUUUGAGCACAACAAGAAACGAGAGGAACUACAGCGAUUAGAGGAGAAGCUGGGCAAAUCUUCUAGCUCGCGAAAGCGUAAGCGAGGCGAAGUCGAAUCUCCCUCCGGCGACGACGAAAGUUCUGCCUCGGACGAUGACUCGACCAGCGAGUCCGAAGAUGAAGGGGAGCUGGCCACAGAAGCCCUCGAUUCGGAGAUCAUGGCUACCCUCAACGCAAUUCGUUCGAAAGAUCCCCGUGUUUAUGACAAAACCGUCACGUUUUAUACCGAGAAUAACGACGAGGGCGAUGCAACUACAAAGACCAGAAAGGAGAAGCCGAUGCACCUUCAAGAUUACCACAGGCAGACUUUACUGAAUGGUGGUGUCCAGCCGGAAGAAGAAGAUCCUGUCCCUCUGACAUACAACCAAGAGCAAGAGCAACUAAAGAAGUCCAUCAUCGGAGAGAUCAACGCUGCCGCAGAGCACGAGGAUGACGAGGACGAAGAAGACGAACAUCAGUUUCUCAGCGCGAAGAGAAGGGAAAAGCUACCUAGAUCUGAGGUUGUUUUGGACGUGGAAAGCGCGGAAAAAGAUCCUGAAACUUUCUUGUCAAACUUCAUGGUCUCUCGGGCUUGGGCGGCUCCGGACCCUUCUAAUCUGCACCCUUUCGAGUCGGACGACGAUGAAGAAGACAAGAGAGCAGAUGAGUUUGAAGAGGCAUACAAUCUGCGAUUCGAGGACCCUGAGAAGUCAAAUGAGACUCUGCGCUCUCAUGCGAGAGACUUGGCUGCCAAAUACUCUGUUCGGAGACAAGAGGCGAAUCCGCGACAAAAGAAGCGAGAAGCCGAGAAGGCGAAGAAAGAAGCUGAAAAGCAGCAGCGAAAGGAAGAAAAAGCCCGUCUUCGCAAGUUAAAAAUCGAAGAGCUUGAAGAGAAGGUGCGCAGAAUCAAGCGAGCUGCCGGUAUCAAGACUCAGGACUUGCGGCCAGAGGAUUGGGCGCACUUGGUUGACGACGACUGGGAUGACACCAAAUGGGAGGAGAUGAUGCAGAAACGGUUUGGCGAUGAAUAUUACGCAGAGGAAGAUCUCCCGAGCGACGACAACACGGGUGGAAAAAAGCGGAAACCUCGAAAGCCCAAAUUUGACGACGACCUGGACAUCAAGGAUAUAGUGCCUGAUUUCGAAGAAAACGAUAAAGCGGACUUCAGUCUGACUGAUGAAGAACCUCUUCCAAAGAAGGCGAAGAAAGUCAAGCAGUCUGUGGAAGAGAGCAAGCGGGACACAAAGAAAGAACGACGGAUCAUUGAACAACUAGUGGCUGAUCAACUUCAAUUGGAGCUCGACGCAUCCUUGCCCAACAAGAAGACUGGUGGAUUCACAUACCGUGAGACAUCUCCCAAGAGCUUUGGUCUUACUGCAAGAGAUAUAUUGCUAGCCGAUGACAAGAAAUUGAACGAGUUUGUCGGGCUCAAGAAACUGGCAUCAUUCCGCGAUCCAGAGAAGAAGCGCAAGGACCUGAAGAAUCUGGGGAAGAAAGCACGGUUGAGGAAGUGGCGGUUGGAAACCUUUGGCAAUAAGGAAGGAUUGCAGGCAAGCAAUUUGAUUCCUGCGCAACCUGAGGCCGGUCAAGAUAGGGAUGAAGGAGAUGAAGCUGCAGUAGACAUCAGGACGGAGGGAGCAAAGAAAAAGAAGAGAAGGAGGAACAAAAAGUCGAAGACAGAAGUCGAUGCUGUUGCUUGA